UUUCGGAACAGGGUAAGUUUAACUUCUCUUAUUUUUGUAUUGUGCAAAAAUUGGUGUUGACUUUAUUUUCUAAUAUUUUUACAUGGUUUAAAAUUAGUCUUUACUUUUUAACGGCAUAUUUCAAGGAUUAAAACUUAAUGCAGUUAUUAUCAUACCUGUUGGAAGAUCAACUGGAAGCAUAGAAGCAAAAUAAUGGCAGACUAGGUUUGAUUUGAUUAAUCAAGUUCAUUAGAGAUAAUUAAUGAAGUGACUCACUCGCACACACAUGACUCACACCAAGUAACCCCGGCUUGAGCGGAAUUUUGUUUUAGAACAAUUGAAUGUUUCCAGGACCCUGUAAGGACUAGAGAAUAUAACAACACUGAGUCCAAGUAUGAGGGGUAGAUUUACGCCAACUUCAGCAAGAUGAUUUAUUCCGUUUUAUUACAUCUGCAGAGUCCCGAGUGGUUGACUGCUGCCCGACUGCUGCCCGAGCCUCUGAGACUGACACAGCCCUGGCGUAUCUUGAGCAUAAAUAUUCUAUUCUAGCAUAACACGUGUAAAAAUAAAUCAUGGAUAUUAUGACCUACACCACGAAACGUCUGUUUGCAGGAGUUACUCUAUGUGUUCUGGUAUUAUCACUAUUAGCAACACUGUAUCCAGGACAUGUUCUUUUAUUGCUGCCAAACUAUACUGACAACGACCGGAGUGGUAAUUUCGUGCAACAGUCUUCUCCUGACAGUAUAAAACCACAUAUACUACUUAUUGUUGCCGACGAUCUGGGAUUUAAUGACGUCGGGUACCACGGAUCGAUGAUAAAGACACCAAAUAUUGAUAAAUUAGCCCUUUCUGGUGUGAGGUUAGAGAACUACUACGUCCAACCUGUAUGUACUCCAACAAGAGGUCAACUACUUUCUGGCAGGUACCAGAUUCACACAGGUCUGCAAUGGGUAUUAUGGCCUGGGACACCUUUAGGCUUGGCUUUAGAUAGCCCAACAAUUGCUGAUAAGCUUCGAGAAGCUGGCUAUUCUACACACAUAGUUGGGAAGUGGCACGUUGGCUUCUUCAAGAAGGAGUAUUUACCAACGAAUCGAGGUUUUGACAGCUUCUUUGGAUUGUUGGCCGGUCAUUCAGAUUACUUCACCCACAGGACAGGUCAUGGCCGGAUGAGUGGUUUUGACUUAAUGGAAAAUGAUCAACCUGUUGACAUCACCAAAUACAACGGCUCUUAUUCAACAACGCUUUUCACUAACAAAGUCAAACAUAUGAUACAAAAACAUGACAGCGACAAGCCGUUAUUCGUUUUCCUGCCGUACCAGGCUGUGCAUGGUCCAUUACAAGUCCCUGUGAAAUACUUAGAACAAUAUGAAAAUGUUAAUAACAGCAAGAGAAAAACAUAUGCAGGAAUGGUUUCAUGUAUGGAUGAAGGUAUAGGUGAAAUUGUGGAGUCAUUGAAACAACGAGGGAUGUGGAACAAUACGGUGCUUAUCUUCACAACAGACAAUGGUGGAGACGUUAGAAGAGGGGCUAGCAAUAGUCCGUUAAGGGGUGGAAAGGGCAGCUUAUGGGAAGGGGGUAUACGCGCUGCUGGGUUCGUGCACAGUAUGCUGUUAGAUGAGAAGAUGGCUGGAUCUGUUUCAAAGGAACUCAUGCAUGUGACUGACUGGUUCCCUACACUGGUCAAACUGGCUGGAGGACAUUUAAAUGGAACUAAACCUUUAGAUGGUUUUGACCAGUGGGAAACGAUUAAGUACGGCGCAAAGACUUCUAGGAGGGAAAUACUCCACGACAUCAACCCUAGAAAAAUUGCGUCUAUAAAACCGUUAUAUAAUAACACAUUUAAUACAACUAUGAGGGCUUCGAUAAGGAUAGGGGAGUGGAAACUGUUGACAGGUUACCAAGGCAAGCAAGGUCCAAAGGUGCCAUCUAAUCAAUCAACCUGGCUGUUCAAUAUAAAGAAAGACCCAUGGGAAAAUAAAGAACUAUCUAUGAAAUAUCCGGAAAAGGUGCAAGAUAUGCUUAAUAGACUUAAACAUUAUGAAAAAGGUAUGGUACCGUGCCCGUUACCAAAAGAAGACCCGCGUGCGAAUCCCAGCCGCCGCAAUGGAUUUUGGGAACCAUGGAUGUAAGCAACAAUGUCCUUUAAUCGACUGAACCAAGUUUAACUUUUACCCUGCUGAAUUUCUAAAAUGGACUGGUCCAUCUUUCAAUUUGGGCAGUACCACUUAUUAUUCGAUGGGGUGUUAAAAAUUUACUGACUGAUUAGCGAACAGUGUGCACAAUCACUUGUCGCCAGCAGGUUAAAUGUUAAAGAUCUGAAUAGAUCUAAAAAACCUUAUAUUGAACGAAAGUUGCAAAGGAAAUGGUAUCGCAUCCACUUUGAAGUAAAACUACAUAGAAGCAAACAAACUCCUUCCUGUUGAAGUAAAGAAUACAGUUGCAUUCAAGCAUUCAAGCAUUUAAAUCAGGUGUGAGAAUAUUCUUCGGAAUUCAGUGUCUUUCGAUAAAUUGUCAGGAACAAAUAAUUGUUUAGUACUUAUGUUUGAAGAAGUGGAUGGUUGGUGUGUAAAAUAAUAAGUAGUUUCUGCGGUAGAAAUGCACACUAAAUGAAUAGAUCUAUAGAUGUAUAGAGUGUAGAAGUGGGAAACUACUGAGCGUGCAAUAAGACAAAGCAAGCAUCAAAUGGUCGAAUCCGGACAUAUUCAUCACAAUACAUCAUUUCAGUCUUUGUCGUCAAUUUCAAUAUGUGUGGGAAGGGCUGUAUGCUGAUGUUGAAAUAACUCGUAGCCUAACCCUUUUGUUUUUUGUUGUGUGUUAAACAAUGUAUGUAAUAUUGUGUGUAAUAUUGAAACAGAGAGCAAUAAAAUAUGAUUAAACUAA